AUGUCAGCUCCUGUCGCAUCCGUCGCACGAACAUGCACUCGAUGCAUCCGCUCAUCUCCAGCAUCCUUUAGUGCUCGCUCAGGCCAUAUCGCCGCCUUCCGAGUUCAGCAACAUAAUUCGCGGCGAUGGCAGUCAACAGAAGCUGCGGCGCCGAGCAAUCCGAAAAUCGCCAGCAUUGUGGAUCAAAUCAGUCAAUUGACCCUGCUUGAGACAGCAGACCUCGUGUCAUCAUUAAAGUCAAGAUUGAACAUCCCCGACAUGCCAAUGGGUGGAUUCUCAGCAGGUCCGGCGCCCGCGGCAGCCCCAGCAGCGGCUGAAGAGCCUGAGGAUGCAGCACCAGCAAAGGAGGAGAAGACUCUGUUCAACCUAAAGCUCGAGUCGUUUGAAGCCACCGCGAAGCCCAAGGUCAUCAAAGAGAUCAAGAGCAUGUUGGGAUUGAGUUUGGUGGAUAGCAAGAAAUUCGUCGAAUCAGCGCCCAAAUUGAUGAAGGAAGCAGUACCAAAGGAGGAGGCUGAGAAGAUCAUUGCGACACUGAAGGCGCUUGGCGCAGUUGUGAAGAUGGAGUAACCAUUCGAUGUUUCGAGUAAAGGGGACUGGGGACUGGGCAAUUCCGCCUCAUUUUGGGAAAUUACAUUCUCAAUGGUGAAAACAGGUGUAUCAUGUACAUGUAUAUUCGGUGGAAAUGGUUUAGCGAUUGUAACAUGUUCUUACUUCUUUGCUUCCUUGCGAUUCGAGUCUUCUUCUUGUUCUUCCUAGGCUUUGAAAGCGGAAUCGGGGUCGCAUGACCGACAUGAGCACUGGGGCAACCCAAGAACACUUGAUAUCCUCAACAUGAGAGUCUGAUCAGAACAAAGCCUUCCACG